CUGACACAUAUGUUGAGAACGACGGGCAAGAAGAAUCGUCAUCUACAAAAACAAUUUCAUAAUAAAAACAAACGACAGCAGAAUGUAUUCCAUUAAAAGAAUUUGUAAAUCUGUUAAAUCUUCACAUCGAUUUCAAAUUGGUUUUAUCGAUUGUCGUACCUACGCCACCAGCCUAUCGCAAUUGUACAAGAAAUGUUACGAGAUAUUACAAGUUUCGUCAGAUUCAGAUCAGGAGACUGUGCGGUUGGCCUACAUAAAUCUGGUUAAGAAAGUUCAUCCAGAUAGUGGAUGUGACGAAGCUAGUGCAAAGAGAUUUGCUGAGGUAGACAAUGCUUUUCGAAUACUUCAGGCAAAGUAUGCGAAGGAACGACGAGGUAUACAGACUCAGGAAACGGCUGAUGUGAAGGAGUAUGACAUUAAGCAUACAGCACCACAACAUCGACAAUUUUUGAGUUUCGAUGGAAUGGGGGUGGGAUCGCCUGCUCAAAGAGAAAAACAAUAUCAACAAUCGAGAGCGUCGAAGGCAUAUAGCAAAGUUUUCGAAUAUCGGAUAGACAAACUAAGCGCAAGCGAAGCAGCACUGAUGAAACCAGGAGCAUCUUCGAAAAAUCACGCAAUCAAAACGAAAUACGGAUUUGAUAGGGUAGUUGAGGAUCUAAUACAAGAGUCCAUGUCAAAGGGGGACUUCGAUAAUUUGCAAGGCACUGGUAAACCUCUAUCUAAUGCUCAAAGCCAGAAUCCUUAUGUCGACUUUACUCAACAUAAAAUCAACAAGAUCCUUCUUGACAACGGCUUUACACCCGAAUGGAUAACUCUACAAAAAGAGAUAAACUCAGACAUUGACGAUUUAAAGAAAAUUUUGUCGGACAAACGAUCAUAUUUUAGUGAGUUACCUCUGACUGAAGCAGAAGCUGCACAAUGGGAAAAUUUUCUUGAAAGUCAGGAGAAUCGUUUGAUCGAAAUUAACAGGAAAAUCGACAAAUAUAAUUUACUUGUUCCUAUAUUGAAGCAGCAAAUGUGUCGCGUUCAGAUGAAUAAAAUUAGUGAAAAAGUAUUAAACUGUAAGCCGAAUGUAAACAAUCGUAUUCUUAACAAAUCUGAUAAUCCUAAGACACCGGAGCGUCAGAAUAGUGGCUUUUUGUCGUUUUUCUUUCGGUGGACAUAAUAAAAAUAAAUUUUGAAUAAGUAAAAGAGUCGAGUUAUAUAACUGUAAGUUAGGGUCCU